GUUUGCGACGCACUAUCAAGUCCAACGGAUCGUGAACAAUUGGAACAAAUGUUUACGCCAAGGUUAUACGAUCGUUACAUUUCCGAAUUUGACAAAAUAGAAAAAGAGAAAUCCACAAUAAAAAUUGAGCUGCUAAAAAUUUAUGGCUUGGGUAUUCGUGAUAUUUGGUUCACAAUUGCUCCUAAAAAGGUGAUAACAAAUCGUGAAUAUAAUAUUAUUCAAUGGAUGACUUCAAAAAUUGCACUUACGAAAAUUUCGGAAGGAAUGUCCAAUAUUGAACGAAAAUCUCGAAUUUCAUUUUCUGCUGCAAAAAAUUAUGCAUCGGUUAUCAAUUUUAAAGUGGACAUAGAAGUAGAUGCGGAUGUUAUAUAUACGUUGAAAUCGGAAAAAAAUGAGACAUUAAUUUAUGAUAAAACCAGAAGGAUUAUAUUAUUUCGAUUCGAGAGUCCAUAUUUUGAACCUACGGAAAAGAUAAGUAAAUCAGCGGAUGGACAUAACGAUAUAACAUUAAAUUGGAAUUGGCGGGUUGGAGAUAUUGAUUAUUUAUUGGAAAAGGAAGAUUUGGAAAACAAAGGUGAAAAAGAAUCG